AUGGCGAACAAGACGGCUGCCGAGAACAUUGAGGCUCUGCCCACGCCGCCCACCAACGAUGAAACGGAUAAGGUUGACAGCGUGACGGUGGAGAGCAACAACUAUGCAGACCAGAUCCCGCGCGAGAUGAUGGAGUCGCUUGCGCCUAACGGCGAGGAGGAGUUUAUCCGCGAAAAGAUCAACACCAUGACCGAGGACGAGGCCAUUGCCAUUGUCAGCGAGUCCCUCGAGUUCCACUCGGACGAUUGGAACUUCCCUGCCGAUAUGCGGACACGCAUGCAAAAGGUACUGCUGGGUCCCAAGAUCUAUGGCGAGUACUACGACCGUGACCUGCGUAUCGACGCCACUAUGAUGCGAUACUCGUCACCGUAUCCCGGUGUUCGUGCUGUCGCAUCCCCUCUAGACGACGAGACCGUGCCCGUCGAGACAAUCCGCGCCUACUUUCUUGGUAUCGGCUGGGCCGUCAUCGGCACCUUCAUGUCGACCUUUUUCAACAGUCGUUUCCCGGGCAUUGGUCUGGGUAGCUCCGUCAUCCAGAUCCUGUUGUAUCCCUGCGGCAUGCUGCUCUCGCUCAUUCUGCCAGACAUUGGCCCGACCAUCUUUGGAACAAGACACUCGCUCAACCCGGGCCCGUGGACCUUCAAGGAGCAAAUGUUUGCAACCAUUACGUUCAACAUUGCCAUCUACACAACCAAUAGUUACGGCAUGAUUCUCGUUCAGCGCUCCCCGCGCUUCUAUGGCCUCGACUACAUCACCUUUGGCUACCAGCUGAUGCUGACGCUGUUUGUGCAGCUCAUGGGUAUGGGUUUCGCCGGCUACCUGCGCCGUUUCAGCGUGUACCCCGUCAAAGCGUUCUGGCCUACGCUGCUGCCCAUCAUUGCCAUGAACCGAGCGCUCACCAAACCGGAGCCGCGCGAGCGAAUCAACGGCUGGACCAUUUCGCGAUACAACUUCUUCUGGGUCGUUGCCGGUUCCAUGUUCAUCUACAACUGGUUCCCCGGCUACCUCUUCACCGCACUCUCUACAUUCAACUGGAUGACGUGGAUUGCGCCGCAAAACUUCACACUGGCGCUGCUGACUGGCUCGCAGAUGGGCAUGGGCUUCUUCAACCCCAUCACCACAUUUGACUGGAACAUUGCCACUUCGUCGUACGCCGCCCUCGCGCAACCCUUUUACGUUACUUUUACCCAGUACCUUAGUGCCAUCCUCGGUGGUCUCAUCAUCAUUGCCAUCUUCUACAGCAACAUGUUCUAUACAGCCUUCCUACCCAUUAACUCCGCCUCGUCCUUUGACAACACGGGCCAGAGCUACAACAUCAGCAAGGUGGUUGUCAACAACAAGCUCGACAAAGAAAAGUACCAACAGUACUCACCCCCUUUUUACUCAGCUGGUUACUUGAUGACCACGGGUGCCAACUUUGCAUUUUACCCCGUCUACUUUCUCUACAUCAUGGUGAAUCAGUGGAAGACAAUUGGUAACGCAUAUGUCGACUUUUGGCACGGUCUCCGUCGCGGAAAGAGCAACUAUGAUGGUGCCAUGGAUGUCCACAGCCGAGCCAUGGCCAAGUAUAAGGAAGUCCCUGACUGGUGGUUCCUCCUCAUCCUUGUCGGUGCCGUUGCGGUAUCUAUAGCCUUUUUGGAAAUCUACCCCCUUGACGUGCCCGUGUGGCUCGUCUUUGUGCUGCUCGGUAUCAACGCCAUCUUUGCCGUCCCUCUGUCCUUCCUUUCUGCCACAACCGGUACCAACCUCGGUCUAGGUAGCUUAGUCCAGAUCAUUACAGGCUACGCCUUGCCCAACAACACCAAUGCCUUCCUCUUUGGCCAGACCCUGGGUUCCUGGGCUUUAGCUGGAUACUCGGACAACUAUGUGCAGGAUCAGAAGCUUGCCCACUACUGCAAGAUUGCUCCCCGCGCCGUGUUCCGCUCGCAGAUCGGCACCAUCAUCAUAACCUGCUUUGUGGCUGUUGCUACGCAGAACCUGAUUUUCACCAGCAUCCCCGACUUGUGUGAUCCCCACCAACCCCAACGCUUCACCUGCCAGGGCGAUGGCCAGCCCCUAUACCUCAACUCCCUCAUGUGGGGACUUCUCGGCUCCGAGCGCAUGUUUGGAAGCGUUUAUCCCAUUUUGAAAUGGUGUUUCCUCAUUGGCAUCCUCAUUGCCCUGGUCUUCCUUGCUGGUCAGGGCCUCGGUCCCCGCUACUUGCCCGGUGUCAAGGAGAGCCUUCGCAAGAAGCUCAGCCCCAAGACGUUUGCCAGACUGGACCGCACCUUAUUCCCUUUCAUUGCAUCUCUAAUGUGGCUCAACCCGGUGCUUGUCAUCCAGGGUGUCCAGCACUGGGCCCCCUUCAACCUCUCGCACAAGACACCCGGAUUUAUCCUGUCCCUCAUCUUCAUGUGGUGGAUGCCCAAGCACCGCCCAGCCUGGUGGUCCAAGUACAAUUACGUGCUCUCAGCGGCCCUGACUGCCGGCCUAGCAUUUUCCGCCCUGAUUAUGUACUGGGCCAUUGGAUAUCAUCCCGUUGAGCUCAAGUGGUGGGGAAACACUGUUAGUGGUGCUGGUGUGGAUGGCAACCCAAGGGGUCUUCUUCCGCUGCCUGAGCGUGGCUACUUUGGCUUGGAGAAGGGUAGCUUCCCUUGA